AUGGCGGAUAGUGUGUGUGCUAUUCUUGGCUGUUCUUUGGAAUACGCCGAGAAUUUGUUGGCGGCGGCGGGAGGAAAUGUCGAAUUGGCCGUUUCUCUCGGAUUGGAUGGUGGAGAUGGAGGAGGAGGAGAUGGUGGAGGAUUUGCUGAUGUUGGAGCAGCUGAUGGUGGUGGUGUAGCUGAUGGAGACAAGAAGCGCAAGAUGGAUGAGUUUACAGCUCCGUACAAAGGCUACGAAAAGAUUUGGGCAGAAGUGUCUCCUCUGCCCGAUUCUUGGAAGAACCAACGCUUGGAUGCUUGGACAGACACAGACGGUAGUAGUAGUACUAUUGUCCAACCACUCAAUGGACCUUGUGGAGUACUGGCUGUUGUUCAGGCAGAGCUGUGGUUGUUGGAGCAACAGCAAGACAACAAAGACAGAGACGCGUGUCUGACCCAAGCCAUUCACAACAUUUUGUCUCGUAUUACUUCGUCUAGUGCUACUGAUCAAGACAAGAUGAUGAUCCAAAUGGCCAACGGAACUCAAGUAUCUUUGGACGACGCAUCGACGCAAAUUCGAACGGCCACUCAAUUGGUUGAAGCCGCGGCGUGUACGUACGGCAUUGCCCAGAUCCGAUCGUCUCUCGUGGAAGGACCUCAUUGGCUCUGUUCGGCCGAUCUACUGUCGCUUCUACUACGAGGCAACAUUGCCAAUACCAACAUUUCAUGCUUUGGAGCAUUUGAUCCUGUUCACAAGAAAAAGCAGCCAUUUUACACAAGUACAAACACCAGUAGUACAAACAAUCAAAUUGGACUCUUGUCCAUGAUGGAAAUUGACGAAGGCAUUCCCGUCGCGGACGAUCUCAAAUUCCAAAAGACGGUUUGGAUAUUACACACGGGAGAUCACUUUGUCACCAUGCGACAGACAUCAAAAACACAGAACAACGACGACAACAAUACAAUUCACAUGGAAAUUUACGACGGUCUGCAACCCAACGGUCCCAUCACCAAGCACUACGCCAUCACGGGCGACACGUCCGUGGCGGACCAAGCACCCGCCCAACACGUCGAAACCUUUCGCAAAAAACGUGUCGGACAACCCGACGAUAUCGUACAAGCCAAAAAACACGAUCAUCCGCACUAUCAGGAUUGGACCUACGAAGUCGUUCCCGCCGUGGACGAUCCCGAUGUUCAAGGAACGUUGGAUGACGAUCCCAACGAACCCGUCUACGAGUUUGCGACACUCUCCCUGCCAAGUGACAAUUGGCGCUGUGCCACGUGUUAUGCCAAUCGAUUCAAAACCAUGAAUUUUGGGACCAACACUGCUGGUACUACCGCGUGCGAAGUUUGUACGACGGCCAUUCGUGACGCCAUGUGGUCCCUGUGGUUGCCGUUCUCGCAAUUGACGCCGCGCAUGAAACGACGUGCCCGCGUCAUGUACGCACCCAAAUUGGAAAUGGUACUCUCCACACUCUACCCCAAGGCCGAUAUUACUGUAACAGGAGAUGGGGCGGCUUUGUUGAAGAAGUAG